AUUUUUAUCCUUACAGUUUUAUUCUAAGUCAAAUUGUAUGAUAUAUAGUGGGAUUGGUAGAAGAUUAUUUCAUUUGAAUGAAAUUGAUAAUGCCUAAAAAAGUUUUCACUUGUGCUGGACUGAUAGUUUUUCUCAUAACUGGUACAUAUUUGGCUACAAGACAUACAGAGUCAGAUUAUCUAAGGAUCAUAAAAUCUACAAAUAACGUUCAAAAUGAAACAGAGCCGAGCUCUGGGAAGAUUACCAAGGAGGGGAAAGCUGAAUCAACAUCAUUGGAUUCAAAAACUAAAUCUGAAUCAUCUCUACCUGGCAAAUCGAAAAUUUCAGUGACUCUUAAUGCAAACAACACAAAACUAUCGAUUGAUUAUAGCACUCAUAAUGUUACACAGAAUACAAGUUCUAUCACAACAGUGGCAACAAAAACAUCAAAUAUUUCAGCAAUCAAUGCAACUACACAUACUUCUGUAAACAUGACACAUUCUACGAUUGUUACCGUCACACCAAAUCCAACUUCAAACACAACAAGUGCAGUCGUUGCUUCACAUACUACACCAUCAGCUUCUAUUGCUAAAAAUGCUUCUAUCAAUGCUACAACACAGCCUAAUGCUGCAGCCGCCACAGGAAGUUCAGUUCAAUCAACGACAGGUUCUCAUCAAACACAAAGGGAAGUGACUUCUUCACAACAACUCACAAGUAGUACAGUAAAUGGAACACACAAUAGCACGGUGAAUGGAACGCUGACUGGAUCUAAACCAACUUCAAAAGGCUUAUCACCUGUUCUUGCUACAGUCGUUGCUGUAGGUUGUGGUCUAGUUUUAAUCGUUGUUAUUGCUGUUGCAAUCAAAAUAUUUAAGAAUAUCAAGACAUUCCGUUUUAGUCGCCUGCAUGAGAUGCCGAUGGAUGACUUUGAUGAUUACUCAGGAGUCUAUGCAGAGCAUACUGUUCCAAUUAGGCCACUGUAAACAAUGAAUCAAAUCGAGACUGACGACAUAAUUAUGAUGAUCACUGUAUUGCAUAUUUAUGGAACAUUUUACUGCGGUGCAUAUAUUUCAGAUUUUUUGUUCCUUAUGUACAUAUUCCACUGUGUUGUGACUGCACUUCUGAUGUAUUUAUUUGCGCCACUGCCGGCCUAUUGAAAGCCAUGUUUAUCUAGAUAGGGUCUAACUAGUGGGGCUUUCUUUGACCAUGUUUCCCAUGAACGCCAUUAUGGCAAAACCGCUUGCUUGCGGUGAAUGAUGAAAUUUAGCCCGAGACAUAUAUAUUUGUCUAUUGAAGGACCUCAUUUUAGCAGAUUUGACUACGAUCUGAAAUGCCAUGCUCGGCAAACAAUUAUAAAGCUUCGAUAAAUCUAUGUGUAUAAGGGGUCGAAGAUUAUCAUGUAUUUUUUCCUUCGAUUAAUCCGUUCUUCCCAUUCAAAUGAGACCUGCUUUAUAGUUUGAAUGUUUAUGGCUCUAGACUGGAGACACCAAGCGCAACUAAGAUAAAACUGGAAACUGAUUUUACUAAUAUUUUAUAACAUAAGUCUAGUGUUGGUGAUUUCAUUUUUUUUUUUUUUUAAAUGUGUCUGAAAUUCCCAUGCCUGACAUGUCACAUUGCUCUAUUUGUAACCAUGUACACAUUCUCUGUCUGUAUCUUUCCUCUUAAGCACAAUGUCCCAUACUUUUGUUCCAAUUUUAUUUCCUCCGGCAUUAAACAUUCCAGGCAGUUGCCAAGCAUCACUUCAGAUUAGUUUUAAAAGCCCUGUGUUGGAAAUAGUAGAUUGGCAAAAAUGAUUGUGGUGUUUUAUUACGUUUUUAUAGCAGCGUUUCAUUGAAAUAGUGCUUGUUACAUAAUUAUAUGCAAGCUGGGUGUGGCUAGCCUAGGACUUUUUAUUAGAAACUAAUUUAAAGUUACAGCAACAAUACUAAUGAUUUUCAAUUAACAGUAAUGACAGGCAACAAAAUGAUCAAAGCUUCUGUGCAUUUUAAAACACUGUUGCAAUAAAAAGGUUUUUCUGUGUA